UAGUUGAUUCUGUGUGAAGUCGCUGCUGCCGCUGCUGCAGCAGCUUCUGAACCCGCCCGGUCUCAUCACCGGACCGCCGGGGCAGUGGAGACACCGACCGAUAUGGACCUCCUCUGCAGGAUGCAGCUGUGAAGCAAGAAGUACCGCCUUCAGUGUUUCGUAGAAAGCCACCAUGGGCUGGACAUAACCAAUUCCUGCUUCUCCUCACCGGCCUCACCGGUUUUUAAUGCAGCAUAACCAUGGGAACAUGGCGCGGACUACGAGUGGCUUUCGUCCUGGGCUCUUUGUUCAUGGUUCUGCUCAUCAUUGCCUACUGGGACGAUGUUGGCGGACCCAACCUCUACCCGUUUCAGGAUCCGAAACACAAAUCGCUUCCCUCCGGUUGGAGGGGCCCGAGCACCACCGUCUCUCCAGCGUCUUCGUCCGUCAUCCAGGUACAGACCCGCGCCUCCGUCGCUGGCUCCAGCAACGCCGAGAUCCCCCCGGAAGAAACGCCCGAAAAGCCUGCAGGUGAGACGCAGACGAGGAAGGAAGGAGAAGGAGAAGGAGACGAGGAGAGGGAACAGGAGGCGAGGAAGCAGAGGAUUGUUGACGUGUGCUCGGGGAAGGAGGCGCUGGAAUUUCCCGGAAGGACUCGGGCAUUUGAACAGAUCCCCUUCAGGGAGCUGGAUCAUCUGAUAGUGGAUGAUACACACCAGAUAAUCUACUGCUAUGUUCCCAAGGUGGCCUGCACCAACUGGAAGAGAAUCAUGGUGGUCCUGUCUCAGUCCCUGAUCUCACCCGUCACAGGGAAACCCUACACUGACCCGCAGUCUGUGCCUGCUGAUCUCGUGCACAACUCCUCUCUACACCUCACCUUUGCUAAGUUUUGGCGUCACUAUGGGUCACUUUCACGCCACCUCAUGGCGCUCAAGCUUCAGCACUACACCAAGUUUCUGUUUGUACGAGACCCCUUUGUGCGUCUUAUCUCCGCAUUCAGGAACAAGCUUGGGAGGCCCAACGAGGACUUCUACAGGCAAUUUGGUUCAGUUAUGCUGCGUCGGUACGGAAAUGCGUCUGGAAGUGUGGCAGAGACGGCCGCUGAGGCAUUCGCAGCGGGAAUCAAACCGACGUUUCGUCAGUUCGUCACGUACCUGCUGGAUCCAGAAACGGAGAGGGAGAGCAUCUUUAACGAGCACUGGCGGCAGGUGUAUCGUUUGUGUCAUCCUUGUCAGGUGAAGUAUGACUUCAUAGGACGGCUGGAGACCCUGGAAUCAGACUCAGAGCAACUGCUGAAGCUGCUGAAGGUGGAUCACCUGCUGCAGUUCCCAUCAGGUCCUCGAAACCGCACGGCAGCCAGCUGGGAAACGGACUGGUUUGCAGAGAUCCCCAUUACAGAGAGGAGAGAGCUGUACAAACUAUAUAAGCCAGACUUUGAGCUAUUUGGCUACGCCACACCAGACAGUGUGCUCCACCACUAGCAGACUACAGCGAGCCAAAUAACUCUAGCCCUGCACUGUGUGUAGAGCACACAUGUUGCCUUCCUGUACGCAACCACAUUUUGCCUUUUUGCACCCGUCUGUGAUGCUGUUUGUCUCGGUUUCUGAGCUUACCUCAAAUGACAGCUGUGCCUGCCAGUGUUAUUUUAUUCUACUUUUUUAAAAACAACAUAACAUAAUAUCUAAAAUGGUGUCUCCUUACAAGUGAUAUCAACCCAGUGUGAUUCCACAGGUAGAGGCACUUUGAAUAGUAUUUUUUGAAUAGUACUGUAUUUUCGGUAAGUUCUGGGUAAAAGACUGAGGCGUAUGAGAAUCAGGUGGUAUUCCUAAAGGGAAAUAUGCUACAAGCAAAUCAAAUCUGUUGACUCCCUAUAAGUUAAAGUUAUUGUAUUGUGUGACAAAGUAAAAGCAAACCAUGUUUAUUUUUUCGAUUUAUGAUUCUUGUUGUCUCUGUAAUAUUAUCUAUUCGGUAAUUUAAAUGUAUUAAAUCAUUUCUUUGAA